GGAUCCUCCGCGCAUGCGUACAUUCUAAAAUACGAUUUGCACAACGGUCUAACAUCAAAGAUGGCGGGAGCCUCCGACCCACUGGAGGACAUGCUCUUCAAUGAGGUGGAUGAGAAAGCAGUUAGCGACUUAGUUGGCUCUCUGGAAUCACAGCUCGGCGACAGAAAGGCUCCCGCUGCUUCUUAUUCCGACGGGAAACGGGAGGGAGCUCCGUCGGCUGCCGGUCAGUUCUCAGGGAAAGUGCGCGAUCAAGUGGGGUCUCUGGAGCAGCCGCAACAAGGGCAUCCAAAAGCGGGGUUAACCCGGGAGCCCGGCGCUAAUGAGCCCGGCAAAGCCCUCACCUCCUCUACCUCCUCUGUCGCCACCGGGGCCGUGAUCACCGCCGGAGCUAGUCUGCAAACAGUUGGAGCAUCUCCUCCCACUAUCUCCCCGGUACCGGGACCCGUAACUUUGACCACUCAGCCCGCCGCUGCUAGCUUCCACCGGGCUGCCGUCCUGGGUCCGAGCGCGGCUCCCAGCACUAACAUCGCCCCCGCGGCGGAGGCUAUCAGGACCGCUUCUCCCGGAUUACAAAGUUUAAACGGCAGCGCUGGAGCUGUAAAGUUGGUGAACUCGCCCGCGGUCCCUCCACAAACCGGGGCCAGCACGGUUAUAAGUACUGUCAGUGCCGGGGGCUCCGCGAUCAUCGCCCCCAUGGCUUCACAGCCUAACUUCCCCCAGCCCUCAGUGGCGUCUCCCGCUGUAACUCUGCAGAGGCACCCCAGCCCGGUGGCCCAGAACGGAGUGGACCCCAAGGGUGCCCAGCUGGUGACCCAGGGUGCGCCCUCUCCGUCAGCCUCCAGCCCUCAGGUCGUGAACCACAGCACCCCUCUGAUGCACACCAAGAUGUUGGUGCCCAGCCAGCCCGUCUCUGGAAACUCUGUCAUCCUGGCCAGCACCCCUCCGCCCGCUGCAGCCCAGUCCCCCAUCAGCCAGGCUGGGACCAGUACAGCUGCGGUCACCCUGAAGCCUACAGUGAACGGGGUAGCCGUGGUGAGGCCGCCGGUACCGGGUGCCCCUGUGGUGGCCACCUCCAUCCAGCAGCAGAGACCCGGGCUGGUGGCGACCUCCACCCGGGCGGCAGCUCCUCAGCAGCCGCUGGCUGUCCGGCCUCAGCAGCAGACCACCAUCCAGCUGCCCCCUGGCUUCUCCAUGCCUCCCGGUAUGGUCCUGGUGCGGACGGAGACGGGUCAGCUGGUGAUGGUGCCUCAGCAGGUUCUUGCCCAGGCUCAGGCCAAGACGCAGCAGGGACAAGCGGUGGCCAACAUCACACAGAGACCCGCCACGCCGACAGCUGGGACCGCCAUCCGGGUCAGCACCGCCACCACGGCUCCUCAGACCGUCCGCCUGGCGACCCCCACUCAGACGAGAAUGGUUCAGCCUCCCUCCACCACCACCGUACAGAAGGCCAUCACAGUGGCCCCCAGCGGUGCAGCGGUGUCGGUGAAGAUGACCCCUCCACAGAAGGCCCAGACGGUCAUCACAGCUGGGGGGACGCCUGUGGCCAAACCUGCCGGUGUCCCGUCCACCCCCCUGACCAGCACCACGCCUGCUCCGACCCCCACGCCCCCUACCAGAGUCACCGUUGUGUCACAGGAGAUGCAGGAAAACGUGAAGAAGUGUAAGAACUUCCUCGCCACGCUCAUCAAGCUGGCGUCCCACAACUCGCCCUCCCCAGAUACCUCCAAGAAUGUGAAGGCCCUGGUGCAGGACCUGCUCGAUGCAAAGAUUGAGCCUGAGGAGUUCACCACUCGGCUGCAGGCUGAGCUGAAGUCCUCUCCACAGCCCUACCUCAUCCCCUUCCUCAAGAAAAGCCUCCCCGCUCUGCGUCAGUCUCUGCUCAACAGCCAGCAGUCUCUGGUGACCCCCAGCACCUCGGCGCCCCCACCUGUUGCCCCCGGCUCUGUCACCACCGCCACCAUCAGGCCGCGGCUGCCCAUCAGUCCGGCCGGCAGCACUGUCAGACUCAACACACCCAUCACAAACACUCUGGCUGUGGGCAGAGCAGGAGUCCAGACGGUUCAGACUCGUACGCCUGUAGUCUUCAGUCAGACUCUCAGAACUCCAGGUACACUUGUCAGAGGACCCACAACUAUAAUUGGCAAAAGUCCUGUGAACCUGGCAGCUCAGGCCAAUCAGAGGAAGCUGAGCGACCCGGGGGGCGGGACAUUCAGAGAUGACGACGACAUCAACGACGUGGCGUCCAUGGCCGGCGUCAACCUUAACGAGGAAAACGCCCGCAUCCUAGCAACCAGCUCGGAGCUCGUGGGCACGAAGAUCCGCUCCUGUAAAGACGAGUCCUUCCUGCCCACUGGCCUGCUGCACCGCCGCAUCCUGGACACAGCUAAGAAGCUGGGCGUGAGCGAGGUGCCUCUGGAGGUGGUGAACCUCAUCUCCCACGCCACCCAGUCCAGAUUGCGCUCCCUGCUGGAGAAGGUUUCAGCCGUCGCUCAGCACCGCACGGACGGAGGGAAGGAUGAAGAGAAUCACGAACAGACGUCAGACGUUCGCUCGCAGCUUCGUUUCUUCGAGCAGCUGGAGAGGAUGGAGAAACAGAGGAAAGACGAACAGGAGAGAGAGAUUCUGCUCAAGGCUGCCAAGAGUCGUGCCAGACAAGAGGAUCCUGAACAGGCUCGUCUGAAGCAGAAAGCUAAAGAGAUGCAGCAGCAAGAGUUGGCUCAGAUGAGACAGCGAGACGCCAACCUAACGGCUCUUGCUGCCAUCGGGCCUCGCAAGAAACGCAAGCUGGACUCACCGGGAGGCUCCACGUCCAGCACGGAGGUGGCUUCAGGCUCGGGUGCAGGCUCCUCUUCGGCCGCCUCGUCCCGGCAGCAGCUUCGUCAGCGGAUCACACGAGUUAACCUCAGGGACUUCAUCUUCUGUCUGGAGCAGGACCGCUCCACCGCUCGCUCUCUAAUGCUCUACAAGGCGCUGCUGAAAUGAGGAGUCCCUCCUGGAGGAGCACUCGGCCCACUGCAGAUCACAAACUGGAUUACACUUCAACCUCCGGUCCUCAUGUCCUCACGUCCUCAGAGGUGUUUCACACUCCCUCUGUCAGUCCCUGCAGCAUCUUUCAACCUUCACUUUGUCCUCUUUCACCUGAACCGCCACUUCUACAACUUCUCUGAAAAGUCUCAUCUUCAGCUCCUUCAGGUGUCUUCUGUCAGGCUGCACAUCACUCUCAGCUCCGUGUUUGUUAAAGAGAACUCCACUGAUUUAACGUUAAAGUCCAGGUCACAGCAGGAAGUGCAGCAGUAGAAUUAAUAUUUGGCUCUGAAUGAGUUUCUAAAUUAGGUUUUUGACAUCUCUGUUGUUUCUUGUUGAGGCUGACAUGAACAUUUUUCCCCACUUGGCUGCUCGUUAUGGUUUAAAGGGUUAGUUCAGAUUUUUUAAAGUGGGGUUGUAUGGGGUACUUACCCGUAGUCAGUAUAUUACAUACAGGAGAUGUAAGUCGGCACGCCCCAGUUUAGAGAAGCAGGCUAGAGUCUAACACAGAAGCUAAAGAAUGUACUGCUGUGGAGGGGUCAGCAACAAAACAUUUAAGACACCUAAAAAAAAGUCCCACCUAAAAAAAAAUCAUUAUCAGUUUAAUUGUACAUUAUAUUUAGAAUAUUUUCAUUACUUUACCUUAAUGUCAUACAGUGAUCUCCAACAGGAAAAUAAAGCUGCUAUAGCACUCUCUUAAAAGCCAGACUCCAUUGAGAAAAACAGUGAUUUAACAUAUUUAAACACAGGAGCUACUGGUGUAGUGCUGCCUCAAUCAGUCAGUUAGUUUGUGCUAUUUUCCAAGUUUGGGAACUUAAAGGGUUAGUUUGGAUUCACCGAAAUCACACAUUAACACAAACUAACGAACUAAUCAAGGCAGCAGUAGACCAGCAGCUCCCAUAUUCACCAAACUAAAAUGAAUGCUUUUCUAAAUGGAGUCUGGUAGCUUUGACAAGAGCAUAAAUGAGGAAUUGAAGCCAUUAACAGCUUCCCUGUCGGAACAGGCCGUCAUAUGGAAAGGUAAAGCAGUGAAAAUAUUCUAAAUAUAGCGUACCCUUUAACUGAUACUGAUAUUUUGAAGUGGCUAAAAUAAGUUUUGUCGCUGCUCCCAUCCACAGCUGUAUGUUGGUUAGCUUUCAUGUCAGACUCCAGCCUGCUUCUCCAAUAAGUAUCUCAUACAACCCCACUUCAAUACAUCCGACUCUUGAAUGCAGUGUUACCAUGACGUCGUCCUGUCUCCUGACUGUAAACACUGUCUGUGUGGAGCAGUUUAUAAUUUCUCAGCUUCAAACUCUGUCAGAUCAGCAGACCCAGAGAUAUACUCUUUUUAUUCCACACAUUCUCCUCCCUGGUCAAGACCUUGCACCGUCAUUACCCACAAUGCACCUUGGACAUUUAUCAGACUCUCACAGAUCCCUCUGGAGACACUUAAGACUUAAUACCACUUUUAAAAUUCGUAGAGCUGAUCUGGAGAAUCACUGGAGUUCAUCUUUGAUCUCGAACAUGUUGCAGUGAGUGAUGUGCAGCUCUGAAGCUCGACUCUGUCAGCGAGCUGCUGCCACUGACAGGAUCGUUGUCAGUGUGUGACUCCAGCGCUGUACCUGAACAGGUGCCUUUAGAGUCCCAUCUUUCUCUCUGCAGCCCACUCAGGACGCCGCCGUGCUCAUGGGCUCUUCAGUUUAUUUUUUAAAGUUUUUUCCGCUCUCAGAUCUGUCACACAUUCAGCCGUCACUUUUGCAUUUUAAGUCGAGGAUCCUGAGUUUUAUUGAGCGUCGUGUUGUCAGAGGAAGGUGAACCGCGAGAACUGUGAAGCUUCGAUGGUCGACAGACCGAGGUCAAACAGCUGCCAGAUCAUUUUAAUGUGUGUGUGUGUGUGUGUGUGUGUUUCGGUGUGUGUGCGUGUGUGCGAGUAGAGUCAGUGUUAAUCAUGGUCAUCACGUUAACAGCCGACAGGCAUGAAAGGUUAAAAGAACAAUUCCGAAUUUUGGUAAAUCCUCUUCUUCUCUUUCUCUCAGAGUCACAUAUUCAGAUUGAUACCACUCUGAUGAAGCUACAGCCAACAGCUGCUUAGCUUAGCUUAGCAUAGCAUAAAUACUGGAAACAGGGGAAAUAGUUAGCUUAGCUUAGCAUUACUAUUGUUAACGGGAAGGAAACCCUGGAUAUAUUAAGAGUCCAGGAUACAGCAUUAAUGGCAGGCCCCCAGUCAUUACCGUAAAAGUUGUUCAGUGGUGCAUGAAGCGAAAAAAGCUCUUAUUUCUGUGGUAUUAAAAUCACCCGGAUGAUCAGCACUGCUUCCGCAUCAUUGGGCCCAUGGAGCAGGGGCACCUAAGACUUAUUGCCGCUGAGCACGCCCAAGUAGCUGACUUCCAGUUUAGCACGUUGUUAACUUGAAUGGGGAAAAAACAGCUUAAUCUUGCAGCUCUUUUAGACUUUUCAAAUGUUACACAGGGGUUGUGACGUUAAAAAAAAAUGUAUACAUUGAAGUCUCUGGGGGAAAAUUUUUUGGGGCCCAAUAGCAUCGUGUGACGGACCACAGAAAUUACAGUAUUAUUGUUUGUGUCUGUUUGAGCCUGGUGCACUUCUGGGGGUCUGGUGGAAACAGCUAGCUUAGCUUUUCAUUAAGAUUGGAGACAGGUGGAAGCAGCUAUCUUAGCUUAGCAUCAAGACCAGAAACAGGGAAACAACUUAGCUUAGCUUAGCUUAGCUUAUUUUAGCGUUAAGACCGGAACUAGGGGAAACAGCAAACCUAGCUUAGCAUAAACACUUGCAACAGGAGGAAACAGCUAGCCUGGUUCUGUCUAAAUGUAACAAAACCCACCUAAACUGAUAAAUAAGUAAAUUUCCUGUUCUUAAUAGGUGUCAUCACUUCAAGCCACCACAUACCCAGAUCAGCCGUUUAUCUCAAAACCAAUUGGUGUGUUUAGGGGGCUUUGGUGUUGCUGGCAGAUAUCCAGGCCAUGACUUCUUUUUCUGUGUACUGGUUAUUGUUUAUAGUCUGAUUAGCUAGGCUACUUAAGUGUAGGUGUUGUAGGUCCAGGCAACAUUUGGGCUAAUCUCUGUUAGUCAUGUGUUAGUUGAUGGGUUCCCAGAUUGCUUUUCAGCCACCGCAUUUGGCCUGGUUUGCUCUCCACACAUCCUGUUUAGCCGCAUGACACCAAAGCUUGUUCACAUUUGAUUGGUCAGUAUUACUCAGACUACAAAUGACAACCAGAAUGCCUCCGAUACCAAAAUCUUGUCUUGUUGCCUACAGAUUACGCAUAAAAGCGCAGAAUCUGUUUAUAGAGAUUGGUCAGACGUUAAAACUGCACAUAGCCUUGUUAAAUAAACUGUUAGUUGUAGUAUAGUUUAAUACAUUAAAUAAGAAAUAUAUUUGACACUUUGAUUUGUUUGUUUAUUAAAGGAUGAGAUUGUUAAAUCAGUACGCUUUAGAGGAGCUGGUAGGUGGAUUUUUUUUUUUUUUUUACUUUUGAACAAAGCCAGGCUAGCUGUUGCCCCAUUUCCAGUCUUUAUGUGAAGCUAGUCUCCAGUCUUUAUGAUAAGCUAGCUGUUUCCCUGUUGCUAGUCUUUAUGCUAAAGCUGUUGUCUGUAGCUUCAUAUUUAGAUUACAGUUGAGAGAAAGAGGAUUUCACUAAAUGUUGAACUGUCCCUUUAACAAUGAUUCACAGUUUUUAAGUUAACAGUCAUCACAGGGAGCUGGUUCUCCUACAGACAGUGAAAACUCACUCAGGCUACGUUCAUGAAGGCUAACAACCAUAUAACUUCACAUCAAACAUUCCUGCAAUACCCUCCUCCUCCUCUUCUUCAUCCCGCCUGACGUGUGAUUUCGCUUUUAGCUCAACGUGCGAAGGUGAAAUGUUAGAAUUCAAAUGACAGUCUGAAAAUCCUCGUACUGUUGGACACAUACAUUUGUCAGAGUAGUUGAAUAUGCAGUUUUGCUUCACGGUUUGCGGUUGAAAGUUUUUAAGAUGACUUUUUUGGAAAGGGUGUGUACAUUGAAGGUUUUUAACGCUUUAAAUGUUUUCCCCUCAUAUCGGGCAUUUGGUUUGUAUAGUCUAUAGCUCUAACUGAUAAUUGCAGCUGUGGUGUAUGUACUGUAUAUUCAGUCAGAGUCUUCAGAGCACCCGGCUAAAGUAUCAUCUGUUGGAAGGACACAAUUUUUGCGACUAUUUAUAUUUCCUACAUUCUGUAUUCAAUCCUGACGCAUUUCAGGCAAUGCAAUUUUACAGUUGUUUGUACCUUUGCAAAAAAAAUUAAAUAAAGAA